GCGAGGACGGCGGCCAUGCUGGAGGAGUACUCUCUGCUGCUGCUGCAGGCCGUCCACCGGAGGACGGACCCCGCUCCGCUCUGACCCGGGUUCGCCUCCGGGGCCAGAACCAGACUUGAACCUCGCGUCGUCACGGCGACGGCAGCUUUGGGUUUACCAACGUUCGGUCACUUUUAGUCCCGUUGUUUGUCACUUUUUGACUUUUUUAAUUAGGUCUGUAGUGACAAAUGUGUCGGAAAAAGUUGAAAUUUCAACAAUUUGUUAUUUUUCUACACUUUUCUCAACAUUUUUGUCAAUUUUAUUCCUAGUUUUUGUCAUUUUUUAAUGUUUUUUACCCCCGGUGUCUUCAGGUCUGAUCUGACUCUUUUCCUAAAAGUUUCUAUUUCAGAGAUUUGGGUUUCUUUAACUUAUAAAUUAACGAGGAUGUUUCCCAACGACGCUCCUCACGCGCUACGUUAAUCAUCAGCUCACUGCUCUCAUUUCAUUUUGGGUGUUUUUGGUCAAUUUUACAACAUUUGGAGAAAAAAAUAAUUGGUAAAAGAACUAGAAAGAGAGAAAAUGUCAAUAAAAGUGACAAAAAUGUGAAAGAAAUGUCAGAUUUUUGUCUUGAAAGACUCUUGACUGAGUCAUGUGAUCUCUCUUUAACGCUGAGUCAUGUGAUCUCUUUAACGCUGAGUCAUGUGAUCUCUUUAACGCUGAGUCAUGUGAGUCUCUUUAACGCUGAGUCAUGUGAUCUCUCUUUAACGCUGAGUCAUGUGAUCUCUCUUUAACGCUGAGUCAUGUGAUCUCUCUUUACGCUGAGUCAUGUGAUCUCUUUAACGCUGAGUCAUGUGAUCUCUCUUAACGCUGAGUCAUGUGAUCUCUUUAACGCUGAGUCAUGUGAUCUCUCUUAACGCUGAGUCAUGUGAUCUCUCUUAACGCUGAGUCAUGUGAUCUCUUUAACGCUGAGUCAUGUGAUCUCUCUUUAACGCUGAGUCAUGUGAUCUCUUUAACGCUGAGUCAUGUGAUCUCUCUUUAACGCUGAGUCAUGUGAUCUCUUUAACGCUGAGUCAUGUGUCUGCUUUAACGCUGAGUCAUGUGAUCUCUUUAACGCUGAGUCAUGUGAUGUCUCUUUAACGCUGAGUCAUGUGAUUCUUUAACGCUGAGUCAUGUGAUGUCUCUUUAACGCUGAGUCAUGUGAUCUCUUUAACGCUGAGUCAUGUGACUCCAGCUGAUUAUUGAGCGUUUUUAAAGGACCAAUAUGAGACGUCUUUUGAGUUGAACAAACUUUAUUGUUCUUUUUGUUGGAUGAACAUUUCUUUUCCUGAGUUCACUUGAACCCAACACAGAUGAUGCGUUCAAGUGCGAUUUGUAGUUUGUAUUUAUUCUGUUGAUGUUACAGUUUAACUUUGAUUUCCACCAACUGCGUGUCGGCCCACCAGGUCCGGAUUUGUUGCCACGACGACCCACAAAAGGCACGUGUGAUCUCGCGAUAUAACGGGAUGUAGUUUCUAUAAACAGAACUACAAAACCUGUGAGCUGUGGACUUCCUGUCUCCUAUUAUGACGUCUUCCAGGUGUAGAGCAGGAAGGUAUGAUUUGCCAUGAGCAUGGGGUAUUUUAUUUUGAAAAUUAACCUGAUGUUUUAUUUUGUCUCUGUGCUCCACUUCCUGUCCCGCACUAUCCGCCAUGAGCAUGAGGUAUUUUAUUUUGAAAAUCAAACUAUGAUCCGCCAGGGGCACGCUCUAUUUUAUUUUGAAAAUCUACCGGAUGUUUUAUUUUGUAUCUGUGCUCCUCUUCCUGUCCCCACUAGCAGUUGGUGCUAAUCAGAGCUAACAGCCAGACUACUGAACCCUGAUGAGUUCUUUUUCUAAAAUAUUGUUAAAUGUACAUUUUUAUAAUUGUUGCUAGAGGAACACGGUUUUAACUUUCUCUAACACACAAAUACGAAGCUGAAAUGUUGUUUUUUU